AGCAGGUCGGCAGCUCACCUGGCUGCAGGCGUUUGAUUGACAGCUGAAAGACCCAGUGUGUUUGGUGAGUCAAUGACUCGUAGGCAUCCUGUUUCUGCUGCUAUGUGAUAGCAGGAGUUUUGUUCCGUGUCUCGGCAGAGAUGCUGGCUCCCCUGCCAAGCAGUAAGAGGCAGUCUGACCACGAGGACGCUCUCAUGAAACGAGGCCCUGCUAUCUGCAAUUGAGUUCAACUGGGGUCGAACGGGCGGCAUGUAGGCCUGUCAGGGGAUGAUUAUUGCUCUUGCAGUCACCUUUUAUUACUCUUUGGAGACGUUACUACAUGAUCAAGAUGAUACCAAUAAUCUGUCUGGCGAUGCUGCUCCCUGAAGUGGCCCACUCGGCUCAGGGUCAUUAUGCUCACAAGCUCCUGAAUGAUCUGAUGGAGAAUUAUUCCAGCGCUCUGCGGCCUGUAGAGGACACGGACAGAGCCCUCAACGUCACCUUACAGAUCACCCUCUCUCAGAUCAAAGACAUGGAUGAGAGGAACCAGGUGCUGAUUGCUUAUCUGUGGAUCAGGCAGACGUGGCAUGAUACUUACCUGCAGUGGGAUAAAGAGGACUAUGACGGACUGGAGGUGAUCCACAUCCCCAGCAGCCUUGUGUGGAGGCCCGACCUCGUGCUCUAUAACAAAGCCGAUGAUGACUCCUCAGGGCCGAUGGACACCAAUGUGAAAUUGCGUUACAAUGGAGAGAUAACCUGGGAUGCUCCUGCCAUAACCAAGAGCUCCUGUGUGGUGGAUGUCUCCUACUUUCCCUUUGACAGCCAGGAAUGUAACCUGACUUUUGGUUCCUGGACCUACAAUGGCAAUCAGGUAGACAUCAUUAUGGGCAUGGACAGCGGUGACCUGUCAGACUUUGUGGAGAAUGUGGAGUGGGAGUGCCACGGGAUGCCAGCCACAAAGAACGUGAUCAUGUACGGCUGUUGCUCUGACCCGUAUCCAGACAUCACCUACACAGUGCUCCUGCAGCGCCGCUCCUCCUUCUACAUCUUCAACCUCCUCCUCCCCUGCUUCCUCAUCUCCUUCCUGGCUCCUCUGGGUUUCUACCUGCCUGCAGACUCUGGGGAGAAGGUUUCCCUGGGAGUGACCGUUCUGCUGGCUCUCACUGUGUUCCAGCUGAUGGUGGCCGAGAGCAUGCCUCCAUCUGAGAGUGUGCCCCUAAUAGGGAAGUACUACAUUGCCACUAUGACCAUGGUCACAGCCUCCACAUCUCUCACCAUCUUCAUCAUGAACAUCCACUUCUGUGGUGCGGAGGCCAAACCUGUCCCCCAGUGGGCUAAAGUCCUCAUCAUUGACUAUAUGUCCAAGAUUUGUUUUGUUUAUGAGGUGGGCGAGAACUGCGCCUCUUCCUCCUCCUCUUCUUCCUCUCCCCACUUCCCCCAGGAGGACAUCUGCAAUCAGCACCUUAACUCUCAUAUUCAUGCUAAUGGUAAACCAGGAAGCCACAGUACAGAACAGGAUUGGCAGGGUCGCAAAUACCCCAGACCUCAGACCCCCAAGCUGCAGCAUCCCCCCCAAGUGAAGGCCCAGCCCCACAUCACCAGAGACGAGGGGAGUCACUUCUCAAGCUUCACACCGGGGAAAUAUGAGGGCUCUAAUGGCAAAAUCCCCACAGGUGACUGCUUUAAAGAAGACCAGAAGGUCCCCUGCUACCCUGAAGACCAAAAGCUGCCCUGCUGUCCCGAAGACAAAAAGCCCCACCUCAAAGCCUGCGUUACUUUCGGCCCUUGCAUUUUCUGCAGCCAUGGCAGUGGCUUCCCUGGUGCGGACACCAAGCUGGUGCGCAAUGUAGAAUAUAUUGCUAAAUGUUUUCGAGAGCAGAGGGCGACAUGUGCCAAAGGGGCUGAGUGGAAGAAGAUCGCCAAGGUGAUGGACAGAUUCUUCAUGUGGAUCUUCUUCAUCAUGGUCUUCCUCAUGAGCAUCCUCAUCAUUGGCAAGGCACCGUGA